AUGGUUGAUAUUGAGUAUAAACGUGAGUUGGAGGCUAAACGUGAGCGCGUCGAGGACAUUUUUGAUUUUGAGGGCUGCAAAGUCGGUCGCGGCACCUACGGCAGUGUUUUUAAAGCCAAACGCAAAGACGGAAAAGAUGAUCGCGAGUACGCACUCAAACAAAUCGAGGGAACGGGUUUAUCGAUGUCAUCUUGCCGCGAAAUUGGGCUUCUUCGUGAGCUAAAACACCCAAAUGUCAUGACUUUGCAUCGAGUAUUUCUCAAUCACACUACUCGCAAAAUUUGGCUUCUGUUUGACUACGCUGAGUACGACUUGUGGCAUAUUAUUAAAUUCCACCGCACUGCAAAAGUUAAUAAGACCUCAUUCAAUGUUUACCCGAACAUGGUCAAAAGUCUGAUGUAUCAAAUUCUUAAUGGGAUCGAUUACAUUCAUUCAAACUGGGUUCUUCAUCGUGAUUUGAAACCGGCGAAUAUAGUCGUGAUGGGUGAAGGCAGCGAACGCGGUUGCGUCAAAAUCGGUGAUCUCGGCUUCUCCCGUCUCUUUUAUCAGCCCCUCAAGCCCCUAGCUGAUCUAGACCCAGUUGUGGUUACCUUUUGGUAUCGGGCGCCUGAAUUACUAUUGGGUGCCAGGCAUUACACAAAGGCUAUAGAUAUUUGGGCUAUUGGUUGUAUCUUUGCCGAGUUGCUUACCUACGAACCAAUAUUCCACUGCCGACAAGAGGAUAUUAAAACCAGUACACCGUAUCAUAAAGAGCAGUUAGAGAGAAUAUUUCGGGUGAUGGGGUAUCCCUCAGAUGAUGUCUGGCCGGAUAUGCGAAAGAUGCCCGAUUUUCCUCAGCUGACGCGUGAUUCUAUAACUCGUAAGGCAUAUGGCAAGUACUACCUGGAGGGCUAUCUCAUGGAAAAAAGGUUAACAUGGGACCUGCAGUCGUUGCUGACUAUAGAUCCCCUUCGACGACCGUCAGCUGAAGAUGCUUUGAAGCAUGACUAUUUCAAAAUUGGGGAAAAACCGAAUGAGGACGUCUUUGGUGGUAUGCCAAUCCCCUACCCCAAACGCGAAUUCAUUGCAGAUGACGAACCCGAUGACAAUAAGCAGCCGCAACAACAACAACAGCAGCAGCAGCAAGGCGCAGCAGCGAAGACUGGUGGAGUGCCACAACAACAACCGCAACCUCAGCAACAACAGCAUCACCCACACCAACAGAAGGUUCAACAACAGCCCACUGGUGGUGUUGUGGCUGGAGGAAGUGGAAUGCACACAGUGCAGCAUUAUCCCUCCGCAUCAGUCCAACCGCCUAUGCAUGCAAAUAUGAGAGGCUAUCCGGGCGGAAAUAUGGCACCACCGCCACCUCAACAGCAACAGCCACAACAACAUCCCAACUAUCCGCGAUAUCAGUGA